AAUUCUUCUGACGUGUUUCUUUAGCACUGCUUUUCGAAAUCGUAAGCGAAAUAAAUCGCUCUAAUAUUAUUAUCAAUACAGAUAGACGAUAAGCUAACACACAAGACCACGUAUUUGACUUACAUUCGCAGGUGAAAAUGUUACGUCUUAUUUUUCUUACUGCUGUGCUUCAAUGCGCUAUAGCGCAGCAAUAUCAACAGAAAGUGGCCCCUGGAGUGCCUCCACAGAACUAUCAGAACUAUCAACAGCCACCACCACCUCCUCCCCCUCAACAAAAUCAGCAAUUCCAACAACAGCAGCAGUACCAACAACAAUACCAACCGCCGCCGCCUCCGCCACAACAACAAGUGCCGGUUCAACAAGUGCCAAUUCAACAACAACAACAGCCGCCGCAACAAGCUUCUCACGGCCAUGCUCACCACGGUGAUCCUCAGCUAUUAAAUCCCGCCAACAUAGCUCACGAAAGAGAACACAUCCAAGAGCACAUGGACGUGCCCAUAGACACUUCAAAGAUGUCAGAGCAAGAGCUCCAGUUCCAUUACUUCAAGAUGCAUGACGCUGACAACAACAAUAAACUCGACGGAUGCGAGCUCAUCAAGUCUUUGAUACACUGGCACGAUGAAGACGGAGUGAAAAGGGAGGUAGACGUCAAAUAUACUGACAGGUCCUUGGAGGAGAUCGUGGAGGGCUCCCUGGCGCAGGUAGACACCAACAACGACGGGUACAUCGAUUACGCUGAGUUUAGAGCUGUUACUAUGGGAUAAAUAAAUAAAUAAAGAUACUUACUAUAGUCUGGUCCGUGAGCACGUAGAAUUUUGUUCAAUGACCCCUAGCUACCCAUCUUUAUCGCUCGCGCGUAAUUAUUUUGCUAUUGCGCUCAUACACUCACUGCGGCUGCCAGUCGCACAGUCACGACAGCAAUAUAAUUACGCGCGAGCGAUAAGGAUGGGUAGCUAGGGGUCAUUGGACAAAAUUCUACGUGCUCACGGACCGGGCUUUACACCUUCUUGGGCUUUGAGUACAUGGUAUACGUUGUGGUAUACGCGUAGUGUCCAGCUGUCGAAAAGUUGUUGAUAUUUUAUGUGAGCAAUAUCUCAAUCGUACAAAACUUUUCACUUGUCUCUACUUAAGUAGAUCCUAACAUAAACCUGCAUUUAUGAUUUUUUUAUAAAAGUUUACAUUUUUUUUUACAUUUUUAUAAAAUUUAAAUCAUUAUUAAAAGUUUACAUUAUUUAAAUCAUUAUUGUAAAUUGUGAUUGUUUUUUUAAAGACUCAAUAAACAUUUUAUUUAUAAUAA